GAGGAUGUGACUGGCAACAAAAGGCUGUCACCACCACGAUAAUAAGGCACGAGCUUAGACAGCGUGAAUAAAGGAAGAAUGGAGAGAGUUGGUGGCCGCUACGUGCCGAGUGUGGGUGACUGUUGAGAACUGGAGACCUACACACAUACCAGAUACAGUGGGGGGAGGAGGCGAGGAGGGAAGGAGGAAAAUAAGAGAGGAAGACAGAAGGAGGUGUACUGUAUAAGCAUGACAAAGCAGAGCUUAAGCCGAGCUUAAAGCAUGGCGAGCGCCGUGUAUUGAAAGGAAUUGUAAGCCAGCGAGGCAUUCAAGGCGGACUCGGUCUGUCAGUACCCGUUGUUCUCACAUCCACCCCGGGUACAGAAAGCUGCCGUUCCUCUCUAAAGUUCAAAAGAAACUGAUCGUCUUUGACCCGCUUUCUGACCGCAACCAUGCUUGGAAGGAAAGAGGGUGUGUGUGGAGGUUGAACGGUUGAGUCUGGGCUGAAGGGUGCAGGGUGUACGAUGGUGGAGGAGGGACGGAGGUGUCCGAAAAGGCCCCUCCCAAUACUUCGCCCCGCCGCCGUCUGCCUGCUUGGCGUAGUCGAACAUCCACACACCCCUACCACCACCCAGCCUUUAUCUGCAACCACCACCCUGGUGUUACCUGAUUUGCCCGACAUCCUCCGACAGAUGGCUCGUCUACAAGACGGCCCAGGGCGCCGACGGUCGAAUUGUGCUGCUUCUUCCGGCGAUCCGUUCCCCACCAUCAUCACCACCACCACCACUACCACCAACCACCACCAGCAGGAGCAGCAGCAGCAGCGUUUCCUCGCCACUUAAAAAGCACCUGCACCUUUUGGCCUACCUGAUCCAGCGGCUAGACUAGCAGCGAGCAACAGGUUUUUUUGCGGCGGGCCGUCUGGGAGGCCUGGAAUCCCGCCACGCUCACGAGCAAGAGAGUCUGCGCCUCGUGUCUACACCGGAAGACGGCUGACACCGUUGCUAAUCGGGGGCCCAGCCCGGUCCUGUUUAUUUACCUUGGCUACUGGCCGGCAACACCAUGCGGCAGCAAGCCUUCUUGUGGAGAACCACAGCGCCGCCUGGUAUACUGAUCUCCUACAGAAAUAUUAAUGAGUGAUGGGAAUUGCUCUGAUGGUCACUCCAACUGAUUGGAGUCGACACCCACGUGAAGAAAAAAUGGACAGUGCAAUCAUCUUGUUCAUCCUUAGUUUGAGAGCAAAGGAAAAAGUGAUUGGAACAGAUUGUGAAACAUGGGAGACGAUGUUCAGAAGAUAGGCAUCAAAGUAUAUUGUCUCUUUUUUUUUAAAAAUCUGGGAAGAGGGUAGAGUGGUUAGUUAAUCCGUUUCUGUUUUAACGCCUGAUGGGAAUGGAGAGGCGAAAACUUUCCGUAAGGGGGCGAAAUCGGCGCAACGAUGACGUUUCGGCGAUCCGACCAAUCAGCGCCGUCACCAGAGGACUUGAAAUUGAUUUUCGCCCUUCAUGAUCGCGCAUAAAGCACCGCGGAUAGAGCCGCCAUCCACAGGCUCUUUUGGGGGGGAUUCCACGCAGGACUGGGAACUUGCGAACGCUGCAAUCUCGUUUGGACAAACUCUUCUUUCUUUAUCACUACCUCACUCUCUCUUUCCAUCUCCCCGAUCUGCCGCUAUGAUUGUUUCCCUGUUGCUGUACCUGUUCCCGCUUUUGCACCUGGGAUACGCCCUUGUCGCGAACCCUUCUGCCUCCCGGUCGUCGUCAUCGUCGUCUCACCCUUCGCUGGGUGUCCCCAAGUCCAGCGCGCACUGCAGCGACUGCGAGAGACUGCUGAGCAGCCGCAUCAAGGAGAAGCAGGAGGUGGAGCGCGUCAAGCACCGCAUCAUGGUGGCCAUCAGAAGCACCAACAGCGACUUCGCCAUGCCUUCUUCUCGGUUCGGGGCUACUGUCACCGCUGCCGCCUUCGCCGAGACCAGCCCCCCACGUGGCGUCUUCAGCGACGGCGACGACAGCGGCGGCAAGGAAAGCGGCGAGAAGGCGGCAGCUGUAGAACGAAGGCGGCAGGCUGGCGGCAGGCCGAGGAAAGAGAGAAAAAAGUACGCCACCGUUAAAAGAAACCGCGAAAUGACGGGAUUGGCUAGCCAUCUCUAUGACCAGGGCGACGAUGAUGUUGAUGGUGGUGGUGAUGAUGAUAAUGAUGACGGCGGCAGCAGUAGAGAGUGGUCGGUGAAGAAGAACGUAGGAGGGCCGGACAUCGUCACUUUCUCCAAAGUUCUGAUAUCUAGACGAAGGCGCAAUGUUCUUCAGUUCAAGCUGAGCUCUGUCGAGCCCGAAGUCCAGAACCUGGAAGUGGUCAAAGCGCGCCUGUGGCUUUUGCUUCACGGUAAGUCCCCCUCCUCCUCCUCCGAGGAACCCAACACAGCUUCAAAGUUCAAAGAUACGGAAGCCGACCGUUCAACCGCGAACUCUUGGAAGCUGGGGAUGGUGUUAGUGGGGUCAGGUCAGAUGAACACCACAGACACGCAGCCCGACACUCGUGUGGUCCCUCGGGCAGACGAUGACCGUCCGGCAGCCAGCAAACAGAAGAAGAAGACGGCCGUUUUCAAGGUGCUGCUGCUGAACGACAACGGCACGGAGACCCUACUGACCUACCUGCGCACGAACGUAACAGUGACUAACUGGCACAAGCUCAACCUGCCUGUUGGCAUGAUCCAGCAGCAGCUGCACGCUGCUCAGCCUUUUCUCACCCUCGUCAUCCGCUGCAGUCGUUGUGGCAGGGCCCUGCAGACUUCUCCGCCCACUGCUGGAACCACCAAGCCCGUCGCAGGCGACAGGCGACGACGCAAAGAAGGAGGCGCAUACAAGGCUAGAAGUCGGCGGCAGAGAAGUCGUGUGCAUGGGGACGGAAAGGCUUCUGGGAGGCAGGUCACAGGUCAAAGGAAGAUGGCAUCACGCAUGCCAAAAAGACUGCAGCAUUUGCCGUUCCUGGUUAUUAACACGAGGAUCAGAAAAAGCUGAAGUAACAAUGAACACUGGGAUCCCUUCCUCACCCAUCCCACCAUCUUCCCAGAAUACUCUCUGCUCUCGCUCCAUCCAUUAUCCAAGAGGUAUUGAAACACGUGCAAUAUUCUCUACUUUCCUCUGUUUCCUGCUUCCUACUUUUGAGGUCAGUUGCGUGUGAUGACACUUCAUGCAGAGGGCAAUAAAUAUUCUUCAUUUACGCAGCAUCCCCUCCCCCACCACUACCACAACACAACCAAAAGUGGGUUCAAAGCAAUUCACCUAAUUUAUAUCCAUGCCCUCACACAUUCACGAAGGUGCAUGAGCAUGAGCACACCAUUUUAUGGCCACACACACACAUGAAGGGUGGAAGAAAUGAGAGUACCCUGAGAACACCUCAGGUCAGUGGUGUCAUGUCGGAGCUGCAUGGCGGCAGGCGUUCUACUCGCUGCACUGCCACCCGGCAUAAAGGAUUGUGAUGCGUGUGUGUAUGCUUGUUUGUAUAAAUGAUUUUAGUGCGUACAUGCAAGCCAGCAGGUUUUCAUACAGCAAUCAGAUAUCAUCGUGAUCAUGAGUAUACCUAUAGAUCGUAUUUGUGAAUUGUGGUCAUGGUUGCCAGCAACUGUUCGUUUCUACGUUGAUGAUUUAAAUGUUUAUUGUUGUAAAUCACGUUGUUGAAAACCAUCGAUAGAACUUUAUUAUUAUUAUUGUCAUCUGCAGAAUGCGUUGUGUACGCAGUUCAUGUUUGUGUAGUGACCUCAUUACUAAAGUUUUCAGAACGGGUCUGGCGUUACUAGUGUUGAACAGUUACCACGACUUCUGUACAGCUGUGGAUCAUGUGACACGUGUAUUAAAAUUAAAAAUAAUAAAAAAAUUUACACAA